CUCAUAGCUUCGUAAUUAGGUAAACGUAAAAUUGCAGCUGCCUAAUUACAAUACUUACCUUCAUCUACAUAUCCAUGUACUUUAGUUUUAGAGCAACUCAGCUGCAACUGGUACUUAAAUUUACAUUUAUGUGAGAUAAUCGACAUCCGUUGAUGCCUUGAUGGAUAUACAAGUGCCGCUGGUCAGCUCGAGUCUGCGACCCGAGGAAGCUUACGUUCAGCUUUUAGAUUCUUUGCGAUACUUGGAGCAGGUAUCCGACGAUGUAUUCUCCAGGAUUGAACGCAAGACCGCUGAGCAGCAUCUCCGCUUACAGGCCGUCAACAAUCGACUGGCUGCUGCUGAAGCGCAGAUCAGCCACAUCAAAGGCAGCAAGAAAGCCAUUCGAGUGUUCGCCGCGCCGUCCUUUCCUGCCAGCGAUCAACCUGCAACGUAUACUUCCAUUUUCUCAGAAGAAUCCCCAGCUCUAGCCGAGCCUCUGCGAUCCAAUACGGCCAUACGCUCGAGAUUUUCCCGUGACGUGAAGCCGCCGCAGAAGAUUGAAAUUCUUCCCUUGGUGGCUGCUUUGGAUCCUGGCUUGCAUUUUGACGAGCCACCGCGCGAUGUCGGACUGGGCAAACUGCCUAAUACCGUCAAAAGCGUCAGCAGUCUCUUGUUGUUCAACAGCGACCAGAAUCCGUACAACCGACACAUCGCCAUAGAUCCGCUGGGCGGAACAGGCAAGAGUCGUCGCCUGGCUGAACCCGAAGUGCAGACGCCGUCGCUUGACGCCGCUCCCGCCAGCUUCACACAGUUGGAUGUAAAUCAGACGAAGGACGAUUUAAGUUACAUCCCGGGAUUUGGCGACGUACCGGAGUUUGUGUUGCCUAAUAUGCUACCGGAUCUUCCAGGUGUUGUUGAAGACUUUGGAUUUGGUGAGCUGAGCGACGAUUUCGGCGCCGCAAUUCCUGCUAUUGGAGCUUUUACCUUGGAAACUCCGGUACAAAAGACCGCUCCGGAAUGGCCGAAAGUUGUUGCUGUUCCGGAAGCUCCACCCCGUGCGGUGGUUAGUGCUCUUCCGCCCAUUCCCGGAGCCACACCUCCGCCUCCACCGCCCGCACCGGCGCCUGUAGCUGCGGGUCCUAAACCACCGGCCCCACCACCACCUCCGCCUCCAACUGCGCCCGGUCCACCUCCGCCACCACCGCCAAUGGCCGCUACAUCGGAUUCAGCGGCAGCGGGCGGCAAUGUGCCAGUUAUGAAUGAUGCUCGCAGUAGUUUGCUGGAAAGCAUCCGUGCGGCGGGUGGAGCCGGUAAAGCCAAACUGAAGAGUGUCAAAGAGCGGAAGCUGGAGCAGAAAAAGAAGAAACAAGAGGAGAAAACAAAAGCUGUUUCUGGAGGAGGCGAUUUGAUGGAUGACCUUAAAAGCCGUCUCACAAACUUGAGGAAGGGCAUAUCUGCCGGCAAGAAAGGCGGCGAUGAAGAAAGCAGUUCAUCACGACCCGCUAAUUCUGGAUUCAAUAAUGCUGCUAUGAAUCGAGUGUCCGAUUUGAUUCCGCAUUCCCCGACAGUACCCAGCAAACCUCAUGAGGACAACGAAGAAUGGAGUGAUUAGUGAAACAUUCUUGGACGUAGCAUAUUUUGAUUGUGCCUGUGAUUCGUUGAAGGUAAUAGCCGAUUUAUUGAAUUUUUCCAGUGGAAGUUUUAAUUUUUUACUGUUAUGAUGUAAUUGCUGAGUGACUUGGUCAUGUUCGUAAUUUUCAUGAAUGAUUAACGUUGUUAGUUAUUUCCUGAUAUUGUUAUCUGGAGUUAAACAUGUUUUGUGUCCAGUUAUUGACAGUGUAGCUAAAUUAUAAUAAAAUUUGUUAAAUUACCGUGGAAUUAAUUUGGCAUUG